GUCAUCGCCCUCCCGUCGUCCUCCCCCUCCCCUUCCCGCCGGAGCGCCCGGUACAAAAACUCGUUGAAGUACACGUAAUGCCGACCAAUCUCCGCCGCGCCGAUCCCCCGCUUUCGCAAGGCCCCCAGGUCCAUCCGGCCCGGUUGUUCGAAGACGACGAGUUCGCCCCCCCGGCCUCGGCCGUGCACGUAGUGCGGGUAAUGCUCCUUGAUCGCGGCAAAGUCCGGGUGGGGCCGUCGGAGGAUCCCGUCCACGCCUUCCCGCG